AUGCUCCCUGGUUGUGUGUUUUUGUGUUGGUUGGAAGGGCCGUGCUGCCUGGUUGUGUGUUUUUGUGUUGGUUGGAAGGUCCGUGCUCCCUGGUUGUGUGUUUUUGUGUUGGUUGGAAGGGCCGUGCUCCCUGGUUGUGUGUUUUUUGUGUUGGUUGGAAGGGCCGUGCUGCCUGGUUGUGUGUUUUUUGUGUUGGUUGGAAGGGCUGUGCUCCCUGGUUGUGUGUUUUUGUGUUGGUUGGAAGGUCCGUGCUCCCUGGUUGUGUGUUUUUGUGUUGGUUGGAAGGUCCGUGCUCCCUGGUUGUGUGUUUUUGUGUUGGUUGGAAGGGCCGUGCUGCCUGGUUGUGUGUUUUUGUGUUGGUUGGAAGGUCCAUGCUCCCUGGUUGUGUGUUUUUGUGUUGGUUGGAAGGGCCGUGCUGCCUGGUUGUGUGUUUUUGUGUUGGUUGGAAGGUCCGUGCUCCCUGGUUGUGUGUUUUUGUGUUGGUUGGAAGGGCCGUGCUCCCUGGUUGUGUGUUUUUUGUGUUGGUUGGAAGGGCCGUGCUCCCUGGUUGUGUGUUUUUUGUUUUGGUUGGAAGGGCCGUGCUGCCUGGUUGUGUGUUUUUGUGUUGGUUGGAAGGGCCGUGCUGCCUGGUUGUGUGUUUUUGUGUUGGUUGGAAGGGCCGUGCUGCCUGGUUGUGUGUUUUUGUGUUGGUUGGAAGGGCCGUGCUGCCUGGUUGUGUGUUUUUGUGUUGGUUGGAAGGGCCGUGCUGCCUGGUUGUGUGUUUUUGUGUUGGUUGGAAGGGCCGUGCUGCCUGGUUGUGUGUUUUUGUGUUGGUUGAAAGGGCCGUGCUCCCUGGUUGUGUGUUUUUGUGUUGGUUGGAAAGGCCGUGCUGCCUGGUUGUGUUUUUGUGUUGAUUCGAAGGGCCGUGCUGCCUGGUUGUGUGUUUUUUGUGUUGGUUGGAAGGGCCGUGCUGCCUGGUUGUGUGUUUUUGUGUUGAUUCGAAGGGCCGUGCUGCCUGGUUGUGUGUUUUUUGUGUUGGUUGGAAGGGCCGUGCUGCCUGGCUGUGUGUUUUUGUGUUGGUUGGAAGGGCCUUGCUGCCUGGUUGUGUGUUUUUGUGUUGGUUGA